CAUGACUCAGAGCUUCGAUCUGUUUCCGAUUGAUAUCAUCGCAGCGGUUCAAGUCGCCGUAGCAGCCAACUCACUCUCGCCAAUCAAUCUUGAUAUUUCGUCAUCUCACAUAUCUUUCACAUGCGGAAAUCGGCUUUGUUUGGGGCAGCGGCUAAUUCAUCCUUUGUCGCAGCCACCCCGUCACAACAACAAGUUUCUCUCUGAUUAGUGCCGCCAUGGCUUUGUUCAAUUCCGAGGGCCCCCAGAGCGGCGCAAUCACAAACACUGUCACUUCCGCCAUCAACCGCGACCGGGCCCAAGGUCGAUAUGGCGGGAGAAGGUUCACGGGCAAUGACGGACUACUGAAGAUCUUUCAAACUCGCUCGGUCAGAGCUCUGGCCACUGGUGCCGAUAAGCUCGCCCCAAUUGUCGAUAUACCCGCGCCCGCGCCCGCGCCCGAGCCGGCGGCGGUCAGCGACGACUCGUGUGUCCAAACCACAGAGAUCGAGGCACUGCGUGCCAAGCACGAGGCUAGCAUAGACCGCCUCGAGGCCAUAACCGAGAAGGCGCCGAAGUAUGACCUGGAGCAGUGGAAUACCAUAAACAAGAUGCGAGUCGCGCUGCUGGAGGAAAUCCUCGCCAACGCGCAGGCAAUUGCGGGGUCUACCAAGCAACCUGACGGCUCGCGCCAGGAGGAUGUUGCAGUGCCCAAGGUCACCGAGGCCUUGGUCAAACUGCGUUGCGCCAAGAUCGACAAGCGAAUGGAAGAGUUACGGGACGCGAUCCGCCGCAUCGACGCCAGCUUCGACAGGACGGAGGCAGAGUACAAAAAAUUGCUUGCCAAGAUGGACAAAUACGGCGCCAAGCUUAAAAAGCUUGCUAGGAUGAGAAAGAUUGGAGACAAAAAGCUCGACGACAUGCAGGAGCUCGACAACAUGCAGGAGCUCGACGACGUACGGGCCCAAGGUGACAUCGAGUGCCGGUUGGCGGCCUUGCAGGCAACUAUCAAGGCAAAACUGGCUGAAGCCGAGGAUGACGUAUUUAGUAGACCGUCAUCAGACCUAGGGAGCAUGUUCAUUUACUGAUCGGCGGCUGGGCGUUGGUAUCUGUAGCCUGCGUUGUCGGAAGUGUUCUGAUCUAGAAGUCAAUAGGGUUGGGGUUAGAUCAAUUCUUUGCCCCACUCCAAGCCACUCUGCGC